GCCCGGAGCAGCAGAGCAGAGCAGAGGAGCAGCAGGAGCAGCAGAAGGCAGGUACCCUAAUCGAUUCAUGCUCGACGGAACGGGGAAGCAGAUUCUGGUUCUCGUCCAUGGCACGCGCUGAUCGCCGUCGCGAAAUUCGGAAUCCGUCGAAUCCCUCAGUGCAGGUGGGUCCUCUGUUUCCGCAGGAGCUGAUCGUUCCUCGAUCGGGGGACAAUUGAUAUACGAGCGACGCGCUGCACUUCGCUGGCCGCUGUGUCCUCUUGGGGAUGGGGUGGGGUGGGGUGGGAUUGCCUCGCCUCGUCUUGCCUCGUCUUGACUGCCUUGCCUUGCCUUUGCGAGAGUGAAUUGGCCGGGGGGAAUUUCGCUGUAGCGAUGGUCGGGUGCUCGUUUGAGGCAGAAGCCGCUGAGGUUGUGUUGGGCGGCUUGUGAGACCUUCAAAAUUUCUGUCGGCGGUUGAGGAAGUGACAACCUUCGUUUUCGCGGAGGCGGAAAACUAUCAGUUCAGCUGAGUGCAUUGGUUAGAAUUGUCCGGACCGUAUUGAGUUGAGUGCGGUUGAUGAGUGGUACCGCGUGCAUGAACCUCAUAAUUGCAUGUAAUGGAGAGCUCGUCUAGCUUCUUGUUUCACCGGGCUGAAGAUCGGCAUACCUGCUCGGGCCCAGCGGGUUAUGUUUGCAAAGUGCACCUCUGCGCGAUGGACUUUCCAUGAUCUGACAGGGACCGCAACUCAUCCGCAAUAAAUGAAGGACUUGUUCGAGAAAGGACUUGAUUUUGCAAGAGAUGUCACGAGUCUUCUCGAGAAAGCCGAUGGAGAACGACGUAACUGUCCCAGGUGCAGAGGUUCAGGCCUGCUCAAUCCUAGAAGACUAUGGGAUUGGAGUAGAAAAUCAGGGGCCAAUAAUCCCUGCUGGUUUUGUGAAGGGGUCGGUGUUAUGCCACUUUUUGGACUCAGUGGGUUCAUGCUGGGACGAGCCUCAGCAGCGAUUAGUACGGAGAAGUUGAGAGAAACAGUUGUUCCGCCUGUCCAAUCUCACCUGUAUCUGGGCAAGUACCCAUGUACCAGACCCAAGUUCGGUUCCUAUAAUCCCACGCAGGAUUUUGCCUCGUUGCUUCACAAGCCUAAUCACGUACCUAUAUGGACAACUGAGGCAGCAGAGGAAUUCGCUCUACAAAAGCUAGACGAAUCUGAAGGUGGGGCUGUUGGGAAACUAAGUACGCCUGUUCUUUCCCAAGAAUCCAAAACCCUUGAAAUCACCAGUGGGCAUUCAGCAAAGUCAGCUCCUCUUAAAUUGUCUUCAGCUAAUGCACGUCGUGUAGAGUCCCGGAUUAAGAGGCUUAAUUUAAAGGGCUCUGAUGCUCUUCUACAGGAAGAUUCAUCUUCUACGUUAGACACGAAAGCACAAAACACAGCUAGAAAGCACCAGGAUUUGGCAGUUGGAAGUUACGGAAAUAGAAUUACAGGGAAACCUUACGAGUCAUCAAAUACUACAAUGAUCUUAAGUUUCAGGGAGAGGAUUUUUGAGAAAUCCAGAAAAUCAGAACCUAAACAGGUGCAUAGACCUGAUAAAAUGUUUCUGAGCAUGCCUUCCGGAGCUCAGGCUAUUCCAUGCUUAUUGACCAACAGUGGCACGAAACGAGUUAGGGGUGCGAGACGAAGGAGAAAUCACAUACGAGAGAAGAUGGAGAAAGAGACCGUCGAGAAUUCUUGGCGAUUUCAGAGGAUGCUGUAUACGAAGCCUGAGCAGGCAACUCCACAGGAAUCUUCACAGGAGCCUUCAGAUGCUUUACAAGCUUUCAACGGGAACUGGAAAGACCUAUCUCAAAAGUGCCUGGCAGAGCUUACAGCAUCCAGCCGUCCAUCUAACAAAUCUCGUCUCCCACAAGUGGGAUCAACAGCUGCCUAUCCUCCUCUAGUCAGUCAACCGUUUUAUGGAAAACUGGUUGGUAAAGUUAAGUUGCUUCCCAGUGUUUCCAAGGCACUGAAGUUGUAGUUAAGACAGUCCAAUUGUACAGAUGAACAAGAGUAAUUCUUCGAAUGUCUUAUGUUGUCGAGUAAGAACUUUCAAGCCGUUUUUUCCGUACGAGCACAGGGUUCUAGAGACGACUGAAUCAAGGUCUCAAGAGUGUAAAUAGUUGUAGGGGAGGGCCAUUGCCACCCUUGGUAGACCUAUUUCACUUCGAAAUUCUGGAUCAUAGCAGCACCUGCCAAGCUUGAAUAGAACUGCUACAACAAUAUGUCUACUUGGUAGUACAGUACUGUGUAUUCAGGAAGUGGGCCCUAAGUUACCAACUCGAGAUAUGACAGAUGUGUAUGAGAAGAGAUUUUGAGAACGCUUUUUGAGGGCUGAAAUAGUAUCUAAGUCAUUUUGAGAUAAGGGACCCUCCUUGCGACGUUUCUGGUCACAUGUUACGGGCUGCUGUAUCUCAGCGUGGCGUGUAUUUUAUGCUUUUACGACAUCCUUCGAGAGGUGACAAUUUUGUUGAGAACGAGCGCAAGUUCUUCUUAUCUGAACGUUAAAGUGGUUGGCAGUUUACACUCUUUUCGUAUUUCGACUUGUAAAGUUUUGAUCUGUCAUUUACGACGAUAGGAAA